UAUCGAUGCAAAAGCCCCAAAAAAAGGCAAAAAGGUUUGGUACCUUGUGGUUUACGUCUCCCAUCAUUACCUGUCCGUCGUUUUCCUCACCGGAGACGUCACGCAAUACUUAGCUUCGACGCUACACACAUUUUUCCCACAGUCUCCGGCAAAAUUACAACAAAAAGCUAACCUUUCUUUAAUUAUGAAUAACCAAAUUUCUAUUUCGCUCAAUCUAAAUUGUUGUCUAGGUAAAACAAUUCAAAUUUGAUGGCAAUCUCCAAUGGCGCCGUGGAAUUUCUCCGGCGACGGCUCCUCCCAACGACGUUAAUCCACGUCACAGCUCUGGAUGGGAUCGUGAAUGUUAAUUCACUCUUCUCGCUUGCUCUUUUCCUCGGUCUCACCACAAGUGGAAACAUCACUUUCCCGGUUUCCUCAUCCGCCGCCGAGAACCACCAUCUCCACCGAUGUAUCGCCGCAAAAGGUCCCGCAUUAGCGGAGAGGCUUGUCUCAAGCCAUGUUUACUCCUUCAGCUUAUUCCUCUUCUCCAGCCUCAUCGCUAUGUCUCUCAAGCAAGCAAUUAGGACAACAACAACAACAAACGGGAACGUUGUGGUGGAGGAGGCGCGUGUGUUGAAAGCGGGAGAGGGACGCGUGAACUUGGCAGCUUUGAGGGUUGGGAUCGUGGCCUCGUGUGUUGCGUCGGUUUUGGGAUGUGGGUUCUUGACAAUGGCGUUAGUGGAUCUUGUUCAGAUUAAGCUUGGUCCUUUGGAAUGUAAGAGAAGCUUUCAUGCACUUGCGGCUAUUAUUCCUCUUGUUGUGCUUGUUCCUUCUGCACUUGUUAUCUAUGUGUUCCUUGUGCUUUACGCAUUCAUUUAUUGACACCUUUUGGGUUUCUACAAUCUCUUUGUCUGAUAGAUUUGAGUUUCAGAUUCGAUUAGUUCUGUAGCCAGAGAGAAUCCUCUGUUAUAUAUUUUUACUAUA